AUGGCCGCUAAGUCGGAUGGAGCGCUCGUGUCUGUGCACAAUGAGAGCCUCUCCCGCGGUCCCCCCGGCGGCGCGCAGCGCGCGCCUCCCCGCGCCCCGGGCCCCGGGCGCUACUCGCUGCUCGACUGCUGCUGGGUGUGGUGCGCCCUGCUCGUCUUCUUCUCGGACGGAGCCACGGACCUGUGGCUGGCCGCCGACUACUACCUGCGGCGGGACUACUGGUGGUUCGCGCUCACGCUGCUCUUCGUGGCCGUGCCCUCGGCCGUGGUGCAGGUGCUCAGCUUCCGCUGGUUCGUCUACGACUACUCGGACGCGAGCGGCGGCGUGAGCGGGGCGGCGGCGGCGGCUGCGGCUGCGGCGGCGGCGGCGGCCGCGGCGGGAUCGGGAGGCGCGGGAGCGGGAUCGGGAACGAGCACGGCGUCCAGGGCGGACUGCGAUUUCAGCACCAAGGGCAGCGAAGAGCAGCGACAGCAUCAGCAUCAGCAGCAGCAGCAGCAGCAGCAUCAGCAUCAGCAGCGCGGCGCCGGCGCCUCCCCAGUGAUCCUCGCGCCCGGCGCCCGUAGCGGCACACAGCGCUGCUGCAGGUUCUGCAUGUGGCUCUUCCAGUCGGUCAUCCACAUCCUGCAGCUCGGACAGGUCUGGAGAUACGUUCAUGCCUUGUACCUGGGGGUGCAGAGCCGCUGGCACGGGGACCACGAGCGGCGCCACUUCUACUGGCGGAUGAUGUUCGAGAACGCCGACAUCAACAUGCUGCGACUGCUGGAGACCUUCCUGAAGAGCGCCCCCCAGCUGGUGCUGCAGCUCAGCAUCAUGAUCCACAGCAACCAGAUGUAUCCGCUGCAAGGCCUGUCUGCCUCUGCUUCUCUCGUGUCCCUCUCAUGGAUGAUCGCGUCCUACCAGAAGGUUCUGCGCGAUUCUCGCGACGACAAGAUGUCCAUGAGCUACAAGGCGGUGAUUGUCCAGAUGCUGUGGCACUUCUUCACCAUCGGGGCGCGCACCAUCGCCUUCGCCCUCUUUGCCUCCGUGUUCCAGCUCUACUUCGGCAUCUUCAUCGUCACGCACUGGUGCAUCAUGACCUUCUGGAUCAUCCAGGGCGAGACGGACUUCUGCAUGUCCAAGUGGGAGGAGAUCAUCUACAACAUGGUGGUGGGCAUCAUCUACAUCUUCUGCUGGUUCAACGUGAAGGAGGGCCGGACCCGCUACCGCAUGUUCAUCUACUACUUGAUCACUCUGGCGGAGAACGCGGCGCUCACCGUCCUCUGGUACCUGUACCGCGGGCCGCAGAUCUCUGACUUCAGCGCCCUCAUCGUGGUGUGCGUGGUGGUGUGCAGCUUCGCGCUGGGGAUGUUCUUCAUGUUCGUCUACUACUGCCUGCUGCACCCCAACGGCCCCAUCUUCGGGGGUCAGUGGAGAUGUGCGGAGGAGGGGGUCCUUGAACCGUGCAUGGUCCCAGCCCCUCCUCCGGAUGUAGUGACCAGCCCGCCCCGGACCCUGCAGAGGACUACGGGACAGGACAGGGACCAGGUUCCGGGCGACAGGGACAGCUGCCUGCCUGUGUUCCAAGUCCGGCCCAGCGUUCCCCCCACCCAGGUGCCCCGUGCCCCCCGGACAGAAGGGCCGGUCAUUCGCAUAGACCUGCCCAGAAAGAGGUAUCCGGCCUGGGACGCCCACUUCAUCGACCGCAGGCUGCGUAAGACUAUCUUGGUGCUGGAGAGUACCUCCCCUGUGACACCUCGCCUGCAGUACCGCAGUCUUGGCACCCCCAAGGAAGUAAUGGAGUACGAGACCACUGUGUAAACCACCUGCCCCCCUGGAGGGGGGUGCGCUGGUGCAUCAUGACCCAUGGUCACAGCGCUGGAGCAGGAGCAGGAGCUGGUGACUGGAGGCUGGUGCUCAGUGAGAGAGAGAGAGAGGAGAGGUGUCAGAAGAAUGCACUGAUCCUGCAGCACCGGGGACCGGCACCACCUCCUCUGCUGCAGCCACGCCGCCGCUCCACGUGCGUGCGUGGAUGAUGUCAUCACUGGGCGACGUACCCCGGAGUCCACGUAGAGCAUCAGGACUGGACCGCUGGGGUGGGGGUUGGGGGGGUUUCUGAGCUCAAGGGUGAAACCAGGUGGAUGUAACCCGACAGACGGCGCGGGAAGGAGCAGUGGAGUGGUGAUGAUGAUGAUGAUGAUGAUGAUGAUGAGAAUGAUGAAGAAAAACCUUUUAGGUCAGCGGCGUUCAAGAGAACUUGGUCCUCUGGAGCCGACCGCAUUAUAAUGUCGACGUUAAAUUAACACGGAAAUGUUUGUGUCUUGAUUUGUUUCUAUAUGGUGAGGUGACUUUUUUUUACUCAAUGGCCAUGUCUUUUUAUAUCACUUACGAAAUGGCAAUUAUGUAUAAAAAUGGCAUUUUUCUUGUGUACAUAUAAAAAGUAUAUGAUUUCUCUCUUU